CUACUCAUUGUUCCGUAGCAUUUUAGCUUGCACACUAGAGAUUGCGGGAAGACAGACUGUGGGGGGGUAUUCAUUCACGGGCUUCUCGAAAUUUCAUUUCCCCGUCCCCUUUCCGAAGAACAUAUAUCCCGAUAAUACGGUGUUGUUGGAGCUACAGUCGUCUGAAACGGAGCAAAAAGCGACCAGAGAGGGGUUUUCUUGUGUGGUUUUAUCGGCGGUCUUAUCUGUGAGCGGACGCACGCUGAUGGCGGUCACUAUCGAGGAUCUCUAUCGGAGCUACGGGGUCCUUGCUGAUGCUAAGGAUAACCUCAGCCCGCACAAAGAUGCCUACCAAGUAAUCUUGAAUGGCGUGAAGGGUGGCCCGAAGGAAAAGCGCCUGGCAGCACAGUUUAUUCCCAAAUUCUUCAGCAGCUUUCCAGAACUGGCCGAUUCAGCCAUUAAUGCCCAGCUUGAUCUUUGUGAAGAUGAGGAUGUGUCGAUCCGACGGCAGGCCAUCAAGGAGCUUCCGCGGUUUGCAACUGGCGAGAACAUCCUCAGAGUUGCGGAUAUUCUCACCCAGCUCCUUCAGACAGAUGAUACAGCAGAAUUCAACCAAGUGAAUGCAUCACUUAUUGCUAUAUUCAAGAUAGAUGCCAAAGGUACUCUCGGAGGCCUCUUCUCUCAGAUCCUUCAGGGAGAAGACAUAGUGCGGGAAAGGGCCAUCAAGUUUCUUUCAACCAAACUGAAGACCCUGCCAGAGGACGUCAUGACAAAGGAGGUGGAGGACUACGUCUUUGCAGAGACAAAGAAGGUGCUGGAGGAUGUGACGGGAGAGGAGUUUGUGCUGUUGAUGCGUGUAGUGUCUGGCCUGCGGGUGCUGCAGACAGUAAAUGGGCGGCAGCAGCUUGUGGAGCUGGUGGUUGAGCAGGCUUUCCUGGAGCAGGCCCUCAACCCAGCCGAUCCCGACACUGUUGAUCGCCUGCUGCAGUGCACGCGCCAGGCCUUGCCCCUCUUCUCUGUUGGUGUGGAUGUGCGCGAUAAUAUGAAAAAUGUCCAUUCCACACGUUUUGUAACCUACUUCUGUGAACACGUCCUGCCCAACCUCAGUUCCCUGACAAGUCCUGUGGCUGAGCUGGACAUUCAAUUGGAGGUGCUGAAGCUGCUGGCUGAGAUGAGUCCGUUCUGUGGAGACAUGGAGAAGCUAGAGGCCAACCUCAACAUGCUGUUUACCAAGCUGCUGGAGUUCAUGCCUUUGCCACCAGAAGAGGUGGAGAACGGAGAGAACUCUGCAAGCGAGGAGCCGAAACUGCAGUUCAGCUACGUGGAGUGUCUCCUCUUUGGCUUCCACCAGCUGGGCAAGAAGCUGCCAGACUUUCUCCUUGAGAAAGUGGAUGCUGAGCGACUCAAAGACUUCAAGAUCAGGUUACAGUAUUUUGCCAGAGGCCUGCAGGUUUACAUCAGACAGCUGCGAGUAGCACUGCAAGGCAAGACAGGAGAUGCUCUGAAAACAGAUGAGAAUAAGAUCAAAGUGGUGGCCCUCAAGAUCACAAACAACAUCAACAUCCUCAUCAAGGAUCUCUUUCACAACCCUCCAUCAUUCAAGAGCACAAUCACUCUGUCCUGGAAACCAGUCCAGAAGUCAGAGGCUGUAGCGCCCAAGCGCCCGUCAGGGGAGGAGAUAGGCUCCGGUGGCAGCACAAAGAAACAGGUCUCUCCUCUGCCCCGGAGGGACGCACGGCAAAUUUACAAUCCCCCCAGCGGCAAGUACAGCGCCACCAUUGGCAAUUUUACCUAUGAGCAGCGUGGCGGCUUCAGGGGCGGCCGAGGACGAGGCUUCGGAGGCAGAGGCAACAGGAGCCGAGGCCGAAUCUACUGAGACACACGCACACACAAAGAGUACAUAUUGCUCAUUGAACUGCAUUACAUCAGGAUCUUUUCCGCACCAAGACGGACUAUUUGUCACCUACUCUUAUUUUUUUUAACUGGUCUCCACGUCUUUCUCACUUUCCAACUUGCACAUCCAGUUUUUUUUGUGUUGUUUUUGGAGGGGGUGGGGGUUCGAUAACGGGCUAAGACUUUUACUCCCCAUAAUCCUCUUGGUCAAGGUGAUAGUUAUAGUAAAUCUAAAUGUUUUUUCCCCUUCAUUUAAAAAAAAAAAAUAUUUUUCAGUGUCAUUUUGUGAAAGAAGACUGCCAAGUUGUAGCUGAUAAAUAUAUUUUGUCAGGUUGUUGUAGAAAAGGUAAAGAUCCUCUUGUUUGGAACAUGAAUGCAUUUCUUUUUACAUUUUGUUUUUUAUUUAAUCUUGUUUUUUGUUCGUUUUUAUUAGAGCUCAAGUUGAAUUGGCUGACUAUGCUACUUUGUAUGAAUCAAUAAUGAUGCUCCAUUGGAUUUUUAUCAUAAACUUGUAUGGAAGUAUGAA